CCAGGCAACUAGGGCCGGGAGCCCGGUUGCUGGAGGGAGGCGGCGGGCCCGGGUCAGGGGCCUCAAGAUCGGGCUUGGGGUGAGACCUGUCCGCCGUCACCACGGGCGGGGCGGGACCUGGCCCAGAGCAUGUUCCAGAUCCCAGAGUUUGAGCCGAGUGAGCAGGAAGACUCCAGCUCUGCAGAGAGGGGCCUGAGCCCCAGCACCGCAGGGGACAGCCCCCCAGGCUCUGGCAAGCAUCGACGCCAGGCCCCAGGCCUCCCGGGGGACGCCAGUCACCAGCAGGGACAGCCAACCAGCAGCAGCCACCAUGGAGGCGCUGGAGCCGUGGAGACACGGAGUCGCCACAGCUCGUACCCCGCAGGGACGGAGGGGGACGAAGGGAUGGAGGAGGAGCCCAGCCCUUUUCGGGGCCGUUCGCGCUCGGCACCCCCCAACCUCUGGGCAGCACAGCGAUAUGGCCGCGAGCUCCGGAGGAUGAGUGACGAGUUUGUGGACUCCUUCAAGGGACUUCCUCGCCCGAAGAGCGCGGGCACAGCAACGCAGAUGCGGCAAAGCUCCAGCUGGACGCGAGUCAUCCAGUCCUGGUGGGAUCGGAACUUGGGCAGGGGAGGCUCCGCUCCCUCCCAGUGACCUUCGCUCCACAUCCCGAAACUCUACCCGCUCCCAUCGCCCUGGGCGGCCAUCUUGGACAUGGGCGGAAGUGCUUCCUGCAGGCCUUAUGCAAAAAGAGGAUCCGUGCUGUCUCUUUCGGAGGGAGGGCUGACCCAGAUUCCCUUCCGGUGCGUGUGAAGCCGCGGAAGGCUUGGUCCCAUCGGAAGUAUUGCGUUUUCCGCCCGAAGCCCCCGGAAGUGGCUCCGGGGCCCCGCCCUUCGGUACCGGGCUGCCCCCAGGCUCCUGAGCCUAGGCGCGAACCUGGCUUCUCCGUUGCGUCACCGCGACAGACCCCCCCCCCCCCCGCGAUGCCCCGCGGGCCGCGCUCGCUACCAAAUGUUAAUAAAGCCCCUGUCUGUGCCGCCGAA